AUGACCGACAAUGACACUCCUAUUGACACUCCUAUUGACACUCCAGUCCAGGAUCGCUUACGGCGUCUCAUGCCGAGCUUGUAUAUACAUUUUGGAGGCAGGCAUUAUCAGGACUGCCUCAAGCUGUAUAAUCAUGCGCUGAGCGAGCAACCACAAGUCUGCGCCCGGCCGCGGACAGAACAAGAGGUCUCACAGCUGGUUCAGUUCUGUACUGAAGAAUCGAUUGCCUUUUCUGUUCGCUCAGGGGGUCAUGACUUCUUCGGUCGCUCCCUGGUUCACGACGGCAUACUAAUCGACAUGCGCGCAAUGGACUCGGUCAUAGUCGAGCCGGACCGAGCCAGCGCGCGAGUUGGUGGAGGGGUGAUUACCGGCGCCCUGCAGGAAACACUCGAACCCCACGGCUUAUUCACUCCUACUGGACAUGCAAAAUCCGUGGGCUAUGUUUCAUGGGCCUGCGGUGGAGGGUAUGGCUUCUAUGUUGGAACGUACGGGUUUGGGGUUGAUCAGGUCCUUGCGGCUCGAGUGGUAUUGGCGGGGGGCCACGUUGUUGAUACCGAUGAAGAUCCAGAAUUGCUGUGGGCGCUCCGCGGCUCCGGGGCAGGCACAUUUGGCAUCGUCACGGAACUUCGCGUGAAGGUGUACCAAGUGCCUAAAUUGUAUGCUGGCUUCCUAGCCUUCCCCCUGGCCGAGGCCACAACUGUCAUGGACAGGAUUGAAAAGCUCUUCGAGGAUGUCUUCCCCGAUGAAUUUAGCGGAGAUGCCAUUGCCGUGAAUCCUGAAAUGGCCCCGAUGCCGGUAGCUGAACCUUGUUUUAUUUUGCUUUGGUGCUGGACUUCUGUCAACGGAGACCUUGCGCCUGCGCAAAGCUUUCUUGAGCAGACGAUGCAGGCCGGCAAGGUUCUAGGCAACUCGGUGACGGAGACUACUCCAGCCGCCUUCGGCUUGAGUGAUUCAUCAUCAGCGACCUUCUUCCGCAGUCGAAAUGUCGAUCGGAUACAACAGAAACUUGGCGCCAUCCUUGCACGACACCCUCUACCGCAUCCACUGUCCGCUGUCAUCUUUCACAAUAACCAUGGCAAGGGGGUUCGGCAUGAAGUCGCAGACAAUGUCGGGGCGGUCUUUCCGAAUCGGCGCCGACACGUCAUUCUCGGGCUCCAUGGUGGCACUAGACCAGGCCAGGCUGAUGCAGAAGAGCUUGCCGACGCAGGCAGAUGGGUCACAGAAUUAGAGGAGGCUAUUGAUCAGAACGGUCUUUCCCUGCAAGGGGGGUUCUCUGCCUUUUGGCCCCCCAACCAGAUGGAUGUAGAAUGGUUCUUUGGGAGGCAGGCGGCGGCAAGAUUGCGGCGAUUGAAAACACGGCUGGAUCCGAAUGAUCUAUUUCACCGUGCGCUUCCCGAUCUCAAAGCAGGAUGA